CUCCCCUCAUUCCAUAGAUGAAUGUUGUAGUGUAUAAGAUGUAAAUUCGUGAGUAGUGAAUCUAAUGGCGCCACUGAAUGAACUCUUGUUGGCUAAUAUCCUGUUCUGGACUUCAUUUAUCCAACCCUAAUUCCCAUGGACUUGGGUCAGUCGGAAUAGCCAAUAAAGGAAUCCCGUUACAAUACCAGGAAACCUGUGAGAAGCAAAUCCGACAUGAGGCAGGGGUGGGACUCGUAUAUAAGAGAGAAUGACCUUGCUUGAACCGAACUUUCCAAAGGACUACGCUUCUUCGUCCCCUCCCCAACACCCACAAUGCAGACUUUUCCUCGUUUCAUGGACCUCCCACCUGAGCUGCGCCUCCAGAUUUGGCAAGACGCUCGACCAAAGCCCGCAAUCCAUGCCUUUGACCUUUGCAUCCCUGCAUGCGCUCCCUCUCACCCAAAAGAAUCCAUAGAGAGCUUCAAACUAGCCAGGCACAAAAGUGAUAUUGCGGGCCAGAUAUUCCUCGACCAGCCCAUCGUUUCCAGACCCAAAACUCUGCUGCCAGUUGACACAGACGCCGACACCAAGAACCAACAAAGCUCAUACUGCAGCAUCGAGUCCGCCCUUCCCUUCGACCCAUCAGCCUACCUCGUAACAGACUCCAUCCAACAAAGUUGCCUUGAAGCCGACUGGGCCCUCGAACUCCCACCCAGCUCUCCAAACAGGACAAAUACAACGGCUUUCAAUUCAGUGCACCUCCCAGCACAAGGGCGUGACAAGCGGAUCUGGUACGAUAACAGGACUGAGGUGCUACUUCUUCGAUUCGGAGUCCUAUUCCCCUCGGAGUCAGAUAUCCUAGUCCAUAACCUCACCACCAACCAUUAUUACUACACCGGGGUAUUGAACAGCAACUUGUCGAACGUCAUGGAACAUAAAUGGAGCCCCCAGUUUGCGUCGACGCUCAAGAAUGCCCGUCGGCUGGCGUUUGAUGCGACUGAGAUAACGUCAGAUUGUGCAGUCCUGGGACCGCCGGCGAGUCAUCUCCUUAGCAGGCUGGUGAAGCAGUUAUCUUUAUUCCUCCGGCGUGACCUCGAGUGUCUAUAUAUAGUUGACCACUGUAUCGGUCGAUGUGGGAAGUGUGGGAAGGGCGGCUUGGAUAUAGGCAAGAUAGCUGUACGGACGAAGGACGGACUGUCAAAAAAAUUAAAUUUCAGCGAGGGGGAAAGAAGCCCGGAUGUUUUCCAUGGAAACGGGGUUACAUAUCGUGAAGUUUUUGCCUUGGAGGAGCUUGGCUGGAAUGAGGGGACCACGGCGUUUUUGAUUGCUAGGACAUUUGCAGAGACAAUUCGGAAAGUACAGAAGGAAGGUUACGAGUUACAGAAGCCUUGCUUCCAGGGUGUUAGGGUAUUGGCGUGCCAGGAGUGGCAAUCAAGCUGA